AUGUAAAAUUAAGAUUAAGAAUAUCUACUCAAUAUUGUGAAUCCCAUCUUAGAAUAAUUGGCACUCUAUUUAGUUAAAGAAAAGCCUGAUAAUGUGGUAAAUUCUAUUCAUUAUAAUUUAAAUAGACCCAAGCAUCAAUCGAAUGGUUAAGUGUAACAGGAGGUAAUCUUAUUAUCCAUCUAUUCACUAGCUCAAAUUGAAAAUGGAUUACAUCAUAAUUAAAAUCUUCAUAAUGAAACUGUCGAAUCAUCUGAUGAUACAGAAUCUGAUGAAGAUGACUAUGAACUUUAUGCUAAUAAUCCAAUUAGACCUGAUAGAGCAAGUGUAAGUGCAGAAGUCUAUGGAAUUUAUAAUAAAAAAACCAAUUUUAAACCUAAAAUUGUUGCAAAGUCUCACUUACAAAUUCAGAAAAUUAAAGAAAAAUUAGCUUAAUCAUUUAUGUUCUCAGAAUUAGAUGAACAUGAUUUAAGAAUUGUCAUCAAUGCUAUGGAAGUCAUCUAAUGUAUGAAAGGAGAUGUUGUAAUCAAAUAAGGUGAUGAUGGUGAUAAUUUAUAUAUUGUUGAUGAAGGAACAUUAGAUUGUUCAAGAUCUAAAGCUGGAUAAGAUUCUGUUCAUCUUAAAACUUAUAAACCAGGAGAAUCAUUUGGUGAAUUAGCACUCUUAUACAAUUCACCAAGAGCAGCUACAAUUGUUGCAGAAGAAAAUUGUGUUCUAUUCUCUUUAGAUAGAGGAACAUUCAAUCACAUUGUCAAAGAUGCUGCUAUUAGAAAACGAGAAAGAUAUGAAUAUUUUUUAGCUCAUGUAGAAUUACUCUAAGAACUUGAUCCUUACAGUAGAUCAUAAAUUGCUGAUGCUCUAAAAAGCAAAAACUUCAAUAUUGGAGAUUACAUUGUUAAAGAAGGAGAUGAAGGAGAUAUCUUUUAUUUCCUUGAAAAAGGUGAAGCUGUAGCUACUAAAGUAUUAAAUCAAAGUAUUAAAUAUUUAUUAUUUCUUAGGUUAACCUGCUUAAGUUGUCUAUUUUUAUAAGGAAGGUGAUUAUUUUGGUGAAAUUGCAUUACUUAGAUAAGCUCCAAGAGCUGCCUCUGUUAUAGCUGAAGUAUUUCUUAAUUCAACUUUUAUAUAGACUCCAUGUACAGUUGUUUAUUUGGAUAGAGAAACAUUCAAAAGAUUAUUGGGACCUCUUGAAGAUAUACUCACUCGUAAUUUUAAGAAGUAUGAAAAAUACAUGAAUUGA